AUGCCUAAGACACCCGUUCAAUGUCCUGUAUGCACCAAAUUUAUUAGCCGCAAAGAAGAUCUCCCAAGACACCUCAAAACUCACGCCGCAAAUAAGGAGGAUCUUAUGCACACAUGCACACACCCUGGCUGCAAGUACAAGACUCUCCAAAAGUCUAACUUGCAGACCCACCAAAGGACCCACACAAGGAACCGCUCGCAAACGUGUCCUGAGCCUGGAUGCCAGUUUUCCAGCACCGAUCCAGGCAGCCUGACGCGUCACCGCAAGAAGCUACACAAAUACGAGCCCAAGGCACGUCACAACCCCGCUGGCAAAGACGCUCGACGGGCCGCUGCCGCGCCUUACCCUUCCACUCGUCUGGCCACUCCAGAGGUAGAUAUUCAUGCACCGUUUGAUCUCAAUGACCUAACAUUUCCCUGGCUCGCAGGCCUCAUUCUCCGUAUUGACGGCUCACCCGCUGAGUCAAGCAGCUCAGGGACCCCCCAAUUCUCGGGUGGGCUCACCUAUUUCCUUCACUACCGACUCUUCCCCCAUCUCUUGGCGGGGAUCCUCGCCGUUCGUGGUCAGCCCGAUUAGCUCCCCAUACCCGCCUCGACCUACUUCCAACCACCGAUUUUUCCCAUCGAUCUCUCCACUGUCCACGCGCAGUUCGACCCCUACCAGGCGUCCACUCACGAUAUCCCUCAGCAUCAGCCCGUCUCCGGAGCCAAUUACACGUUGUAUGGACCAGCGCUCGUUCACAAACGAAUUCAAUUAAAAGUUUCCUUUUCCUUUUCAUCUCAUUGUCGUAUUAUGCACCGUCAUCAUCAUUGUUUUCAGCAUUACAAAUUUACAAAUUUACUUGGAACAUGGCAUUAUAGCAUUUGUAUUCCACCACAC